CAAAUGCACGUGCGAGUGGAAAUUCAAAAUAUCUUUCUGUGUUAGAUUAGUAAACAAUAGCAACAAAAUGGAUGUGCAUGAUGUUUUUAGACAACUAACCGCAGGUGUACGCUUCAGCAGAAAACGUCAAGUGCCGGUAAAUAACCAACAGCUAAAGAAUCCUUUAUCAAACGCUGUAGAAAAGCCAAAGAAAGAGGAGCCGGAGAAAAAGCGCAUUAAGGUUGAGGAAGAAGAUGUGGAGGCACCAGCAGUUGAUUUCCGCCUACUGGAUGGCGACGAAAGCGUCAUACAGCCCAAGCUUAAGAAACCGAAAAAGCAAAAGGAAGGCACUGCGGCAGAGCAGGAGGAACAGCGCCAGGAGGAGCAAAACAAUAUCUUUCGAAAACAACACAAUAUCAGCGUGUUGGGGAAGCAUGUACCGGCGCCAAUUGAAAGCUUUUCCGAGCUUAGUAGCGAACCGUAUAAGCUGCUGCCGCGCCUUCUGCAAAAUCUGCUAAACUAUGGGUUUGCAGAGCCCACGCCUAUACAAAUGCAGGCCUUGCCGGUGCUGCUGGCGAACCGACCCCUGAUGGCCUGCGCUCCCACUGGCUCUGGUAAAACACUGGCUUUCCUCACACCCAUUAUCAACGGCCUGCGUACACACAAGACGAGCGGAUUGCGAGCUCUCGUGCUGGCGCCCACACGGGAAUUGGCCCAACAAAUCUAUCGUGAGUGUGUGGAGUUGACGCGUGAAACAGGUCUGCGAACGCACUUCAUCAGCAAGGUGAGCGAGGCGCGUCAUCACUACGGACCUGAGUGCAAACAGAAGUACGAUAUUCUGGUAUCGACGCCGAACCGGGUGCGUUUCUUGCUCCAACAACAACCGCCACUUCUGGACUUGAAAAGGAUCGAGUGGUUUGUGUUGGACGAAGCUGAUCGAUUAAUGGAGGAGGGCCAGAACAACUUCAAGGAGCAGCUAGACGACAUAUAUGGCUCGUGUACCCAUCCACAGAAGCGUGUGGCGUUCUUCAGUGCAACCUACACGGUGCCUGUCGCGAAGUGGGCGCUGCGGAAUCUAAAGAAUCUGGUGCGUGUGACAAUUGGUGUCCAAAACAGUGCCACCGAUACGGUGGCCCAAGAGCUACUCUUUGUUGGCUCAGAGAGUGGCAAACUAGUAGCGAUGCGCGAACUGGUGCGGCAAGGCUUGCACCCGCCGGUGCUGGUGUUUGUACAAAGCAAGGAUCGGGCCAAGCAACUAUUCGAAGAGUUGCUCUACGAUGGCAUCAAUGUGGACGUAAUCCACGCGGAACGCACGCAACAUCAGCGCGACAAUUGUGUGCGCGCUUUUCGCGAGGGCAACAUCUGGGUGCUUAUAUGUACAGAGCUGAUGGGUCGCGGCAUCGACUUCAAGGGCGUCAAUCUGGUCAUUAACUACGAUUUUCCACCAACGACCAUAUCCUACAUACAUCGCAUUGGGCGCACGGGGCGAGCAGGUCGCCCAGGACGAGCCAUAACCUUUUUCACACAGGACGACACGCCAAACUUGCGCAGCAUUGCACAGAUCAUUAGAAACUCUGGCGGAACUGUGCCGGAGUACAUGCUGCAGAUGAAGAAGGUGCGCAAGUCCGAGGCCAAGCUUCGUGCCAAGAAGCCGCUGGAUCGUGAUGAUAUCAGCACAAAAAUACGCCCCGAAAAACUAAAUGGCGAAUCAGGGAAGUCGUCCAAGAGCUCAAACGAACCAGGAAAAUUUGUAAGGCCUCUAAAAACUGAAAAGGCGAAGAAGCCCAAGAAACAUGGCACAGAUAAAGCAACUAAAACAAAACCGAAAAAGCUUCCAAAAAAACAGAUCGGCAAAAGCAAACUGGUCUCCAAUGGCAAGAAGAAGGUAGUGAAGGCCAAACGAUCUAAAGUGUAGUGUGUGAACUACUUAGACUAUAAUUAUAAUGACCACGAGCCUUUGUUAAUAUAUAAAAAUAAUUUUAAAUAUAUUACGUUACAAAAAAAACCAAAUACUUGUACUUCAGAAUAAAAACAACCAGUAAAGGAAACCAAGGAA